AGAGCCACAUUAAGGGUCCUACAGAUGUAGAGGAUCCUAUACACCGGGUUGUUGUUGUUUUUGUUUGUGAUUAGUGUUAGUUUGUUAUUUAUAACUAAAUUAUGUUGUUGUCCUGCUCUGAUGAUAUCGACUACAGCAUUAUUCUGUUCCUCUUUGGUCUUAAUGUAAACUGGAAUUAGCGAGUUAACAGACAUUAAAGUGGACAAAAUGAUUUCUCAGCUGUUUAUUCUGUCAUCACAAGGUGAUCAUCUGAUCUACAAAGACUUCCGUGGAGAAAUGGAAAAAGCCUCCAUGAGCACGUUUUAUGAGAUGGUGUCGUCUCUGAGUGGAGAUCAGCCUCCUGUCGUCAUGAGCCACAAAGGUGUGAACUUUAUUCACAUCCGACACGCUGGACUUUACUGGGUGGUUUCUACAAAGACGGAUCCUUCUCCCUUCACGGUGGUCGACUUCCUGAACAGACUUGUGGCUCUGAUUAAGGAUUACUGUGGCAGCGUGUGUGAGAAAACCGUCCGCAUGAACUUCGCUCUGAUCUACGAGCUCCUGGACGAGAUGGUGGAUUACGGCUACAUCCAGACCACCUCCAUGGACAUCCUGAAGAAUUUUAUUCAGACGGAGCCGGUCGCCUCCAAACCCUUCAGUCUGUUUGACCUCAGCAACGUCGCUCUCUUUGGAGCAGAGACGCAGCAGAGUAAAGUGGCUCCCAGCACCGCUGCUGCUCGACCCAUCAUGACAUCUCACAGUGGGGAGGGAGGUAAGAAUGAGAUCUUUGUGGACGUGGUGGAGAGACUCUCUGUUGUUAUUGGCUCUAACGGAGUUGUGAUGAAGGCAGACGUGGAGGGAGAGAUCAGAGUGAAGUGUUUUCUUCCUUCAUGUUCAGAGAUGAGGAUCGGCCUGAACGAGGAGUUCAGCAUUGGGAAGUCUCAGCUCAGGGGUUACGGGGCGGCUGUGCGUGUGGACGAGUGCAGUUUUCAUCAGACUGUGAAACUCGAUGAGUUUGAUACCUACAGGAUUUUAAAAAUUUGCCCCAGCCAGGGAGAGCAAACCCUUAUGCAGUACCAGCUGUGUGAUGAGCUGCCGUGUCCUCCUCCGUUCCGUCUCUUCCCCACCGUGGAGAAGGAUUAUGGGAGCAGGUUGUUGAUUUUUCUCAAACUGCGCUGUGAUUUGCCACCAAACAGCGCUGCUAUAAACGUGUCCGUGACGAUUCCUGUGCCCAAAUGUUCUCUCAGUCUUUCUCAGGAGUUGAGUAGUCCUGACCAGACAGCCGAGCUUCGACCUAAACACAAAUCUAUUGUGUGGGAAAUCCCCCGGUUCCCAGGAGGAGCUCAGCUCUCUGCCCUCUUUAAGGUGGAGGUUCCCAGUUUUAGCUCCGCCUCUCUCCUGGAGGUGGGGCCUGUCAGCAUGAGCUUUGAGCUUCCGAAACACACUUGUACAGGGCUGCAGGUCCGAUUUGUGCGUCUGUCUCCGAACCAGCAGGGUCUGUCUCACCGCUGGGUCCGCUACGUCACACACUCUGAGUCCUACACCAUACGCAUCUGAUCAACACACACACAAACACACACUAUGUGUAUUUUCAGUAUUUCAUCAUUUUCUGUCAAAAGAUUCCACAACAUUUAUUUAUCAUGAAUCCACAAUAAAUGCAUCGGUUUGUGACGUUGAUUAUAUGAGUGUGAGUCUGUGUACAUGUGAGUGUGAGUCUGAGUACAUGUGAGUGUGAGUCUGUGUACAUGUGAGUGUGAGUCUGAGUACAUGUGAGUGUGAGUCUGUGUACAUAUUAAUUUUUUUAAAAAUACUUUUAUUAACAUUAUUGUUUUGUAAUGUCGAUUGUGAUUUUCUUUGUAAACUGUCAUCAUGCUUUGUAAAGGUGCUAUAAUUAAUUUAUAUUAUAAAUUAAAGAAAUUAUUAUUGU